UGUACUUCCUUUGAGUGCGUUGAACUGAUUUGUCAAAUGUCAAAAGAAAAUGAUGCCGGCGAUGGCUAAAAUACAAGUUUCGGUUUUACUCUUAUUAUAUAUCGCCAUUCAGUGCGGUAGUUUAAAUGUGGAUACAAUUUCUAGUGAUAUAAAGAUCAAAAAUGUCGAUCGGUCGAUCGAUAUCUCCUCUCAACUUGUGAAAAUAACAUCUAAAGUAACCUUGGAAAACACUGGUAAGGUACCGGUAAAAAAUUUCCUAUUAUCAGUCGAAGGUGGAGCAAAAAGUAAUUUAGCUUUUAUUAGUGCCAAAGAUCACAACAACAAGGAUUUGCGCCUUGUAGAGACCACUGUAAAAGGUUAUGAUCAAGUCAAAUUUUGGCGUGUUGAAUUGAAGGAAGCAAUCAAUGUAGCAUCUACAGCCAUUAUUGCAACUGAAUCAGUGUAUACAAAAGCAUUACAACCAUUCCCAACUGCUAUUACCCAGCAAGAAGAUCAACUGGUUAAAUACAACGGAAAUUUGUACUUCUACUCUCCAUAUCCUGUGGUAUCACAAAAAACUAAUGUUGUUUUAAAUACGAAAUCUGUUGAGUCGUUUACUAAAAUAAAACCGUUCUCUCAACAAGAUGGAACUAUUGCCUAUGGUUCCUAUUCAAAUAUUUCUCCAUUUACUGAAAAAGAGUUGAACAUCCAUUACAAGAACAAUUCCCCAUUCUUAACUGUUACUAGGUUGGCACGUCUCAUUGAAGUAUCUCAUUGGGGCAAUAUAGCUAUAGAGGAAACAGUUGAGAUUGAGCAUACUGGUGCCAAACUGAAAGGACCAUUUUCAAGAUAUGAUUAUCAACAAGAUCACCACAGCGGACCAGCUAGUGUACGUUCUUAUAAAACUUUCCUACCUGCUUCAGCAUCAGAUGUGUACUACCGUGAUACUAAUGGAAACAUCUCUACAUCCAACAUGAAGGUGAAGAAAGAUUCCGUAGAAUUGGACUUAAGACCGAGGUAUCCUCUUUUCGGUGGUUGGAGGUCCCAUUACACUCUAGGAUAUAAUGUUCCAAGUUAUGAGUACUUGUACCACUCUGGUAACGAAUACUUGCUCAAGAUGAGAGCAGUCGAUCAUGUGUUUGAUGAUAUGCAAGUAGAUGAGUUAGUCACAAAGAUUAUUUUGCCAGAAGGAUCAACAAAUAUUGUAGUAAAUUUUCCAUUUACAGUUACAAGGCUUUCAGAUAGUCUGCACUACACUUACCUCGACACUAAGGGUCGUCCAGUAAUUACCUUUACUAAGCAAAAUGUUGUUGAGAAUCACAUUCAAGAUUUCCAGAUUCGUUACACAUUCCCACGCCUGCUAAUGUUACAAGAACCUCUAUUAGUUGUUGGUUUCUUAUAUACUUUAUUUUUAUGUGUAAUUAUUUAUGUUAGAUUAGAUUUUUCUAUUCAUAAGCCAGAACAUCAGCAUAAAGAUUAAUGUUAUUGUAAAUCAUGCUAAGCUGUCAUUUGUAAUGUUUAAAAUUUAUUUACAGUGUAGUGUGAAAUUAACAUGUUCAUUUCAACAUGUAUUGUCUCAAAUUUAUUGAGAAAUAAACUAUCUAAAAAUUUUUAA